GGGCUUAGGCGGUCAGCCCCCCCAGUGGGAGGCAAGCGGGGAGCCCCAAACGGAGGCCACACCCAAGGAGGCAGCCCACAGUCUGUUAGCAACUUCGCGGGGAGUGGGGUCCGGGAUGCGAGUGGGCCGCAGCCCCGCAGCCUCGGUGCCGGGGAAAGAUGGCCUAUCACCUCGAAGCUCCGCCAGACCCACGCUGCGCCCCCGAGAGGCCGCCUUUGCUUCUGGGGCACCGCGCAGCCUCCCGGCCUUCGCACCGGGAACCGUUUCCGGGGCGAAUGCUUUUCGUAGCUGACCCGGCGCGGCCCGUGACGCGAGGGCCCAGACGGAAGUGCGGGCGGAGGAGCCGGAGCCCGAGCCGGAGCCCGACCGAGAGCAGGUCUCGGGGGCUCCGGCUGUGGGGACUGCUGGGCCUGGCAGCGAUGGCGACCCUGUGGGCCGGCCUCCUUCGUCUCGGCUCCAUGCUCAGCCUGUCCUGCCUGGCGCUCUCGGUACUGCUGCUAGUGCAGCUCUCGGACGCCGCCAAGAAUUCUGAGGAUGUCCGAUGUAAAUGUAUCUGUCCUCCCUAUAAAGAUAAUUCUGGGCGUAUUUAUAAUAAGAACAUAUCCCAAAAAGACUGCGAUUGCCUUCAUGUUGUGGACCCCAUGCCUGUGCGGGGGCCUGAUGUAGAAGCAUACUGUCUACGCUGUGAAUGCAAAUAUGAGGAGAGAAGUUCUGUUACGAUCAAGGUUACCAUUAUAAUUUAUCUCUCCAUUUUGGGCCUUCUGCUUCUGUACAUGGUAUAUCUUACUCUGGUUGAGCCCAUACUGAAGAGACGCCUGUUUGGACACUCACAAUUGAUACAGAGUGAUGAUGAUGUUGGGGAUCACCAGCCUUUUGCAAACGCCCACGAUGUGCUGGCCCGCUCCCGCAGUCGAGCCAAUGUGCUGAAUAAGUCUGCCAGCCUCAUCAAAGCCCUGACUUACCUAUUUGAAUUUUGCACUGACUAUAUUAUCUGGACAUCUGGUUGGCCUGUGGCUGCACUUCAUGGUAAAUUGGAUCUGAAAUGCCUGGUGGCUCUUCACAAGAUGCAGAUUUUCUUCAUGUACUGUGAUGUCUGAUGCAAUGCAUCCUAGAACAAACUGGCCGUUUGCUAGUUUACUCUAAUGAAUAAACAUAGUCUUCGUGUGUGGUCUUUCUCGUCUUCUUCUUCUUUAAGGAUGAAUCCUAAGGACUUGGACACUUGCAAUAAAGAAAUUUUCUUUUAAACCCAAGCCUCCUUGGAUUGAUGACAUACAUAUAUUUGUCAGCAUCCCCAGUCAGGUUGAGAGGCAGCUGUUUGAGCUGUAGUGUGUACAGCUUUGAACUAGCACUGGAGUUCCAGUUGCCUCCCUCUGAAAGGUAUAGCAGUUAUUGGAUAACUGGCUUUUUUCUUCCUAUGUCCUCUUUGAAAUGUAACAAUAAAAAUAAUUUUGAAACACCUA